AGCGAAUGUGCUUCGCUUUCCGCCCCCACGCAUGCUGGGUGCAGAUAUAAAUACCUCUCCGUGUUCCCUUCGUUCUGCCACGAAUGCCGUCGAAUUUUACAUCCAUACCACUGCUUGCGAAACCACAGUCUUUCAGGGUUAGUAGUCCCGAUCACUACCAAUAUGAAACCUGCUAUCGUCAUUUGUCAUGGCUCGUAUCAUAGCCCUGCCCCAUAUGAGCCCUUCAUGCAGAACCUACAGGUUCAAGGAUUUGAAACUCACUGUCCUCAUCGGCCAACUUGUGAUCUAAGCAAGCUCCACGUUGGGGAUGUCGACCAUCCGGAUUUCGACCUCGGACCUCCGCCAGAGGGUUACCCCAGCGACACCGACGAUGUCAAUGCGGUGGUCCAACUCCUCGACAAGUUAGUUAAGGAGGACGGAAAAUUUGUUCUGCUACUGGCACAUUCAUCCGGUGGCUGGGUUGCGACCCAGGCAGCCAUACCAGAAUUACAAGCCAAGUCUCGCCGCAGCGAGGGCAAGACAGGCGGUCUCAUUGGCAUAUUUUACAUGGGGGCCUUCGUUGUCCCCGUGGGAGAGUCUAUUCAUAGUUUUUUCCAGCCAAAGGACGGGACGACCUUUGUUCCGCCAUUUAUGCGAUUCCACAAACACGGCGUCAAGGGCCUCGGAACUCCGGUCGAUGCCCCUCGCUUUUUCUUCAACGGUCUGGACGCCGAGUCCGCUGCAAAAUGGGCAGCUACUCUUACUGCGUCCCCUGUCAAUACUGAGAGACUUACGAACGAUGCUUACUCGACCCUGCCAUGUGCGUACUUGGUCCUUGAGGACGAUUUGACUCUACCCAAGGAGUAUCAGGAGGGCAUGGUCGCUCUCCAGGAGCAGAAGGGCAACAAGUUCACCAUUUAUCGAGCGCCUUCCGGACACUCGCCUCAUCUGACCUGGACGGAGGGUCUUGUGUCGAAGGUGGCUGGUUUUACCAAUGAAAUACAGGUCUAGCCUGGAAGCUUUUGUUAAGUUUGGUGCGAAGGCUACAUCCACUAUGAUGAGGACUAAAAGAGAUACAAGUGAAAGAUCCAGUCGAUACAGCGCCCUAAUGGAAGAUGCUUUUGUUGUAUCUCUAAGAAGUUUUGUUAUGAAUACAUAUACACCGCCAUCAAACCAUAGUGUACAAAACAAUUCCAACAGAUGGAUAAAGA